AUGAAAUUUACUUCUUUUAUGAAGAAAGUUUUUAUCUUUAAUGUAGUAAUUUCUGUUUUGAAUAAAUAUGUAAAAAGGGAACCCCGUGAUUUUUCCUUUUUUAUAUAUUCGUUAAAAACAAAGGGUUCUCAUAAUGGGGAUUUUAACAACGGCGAUGAAUACACGGGAGAGACCAGUGGUGGCGGUUGUCAAGAAGGAGAAAACUGGAACGCGCCUGUUACCAACGCUGCGGGGAAUAACACGAGCAGCACUACCGUCAGUAGUAGCGGUGGUUCUGUUGGCAGCGGCAUCCCUAUCAGCAGCAGUUCCAACAAAAUAAGCACCAUAAGCCACCUAAAUGCAACCAUCACCAACUUCUUUUCAAACGCGCUGGCGGAGAUAAUUAGAAAAACACAGGUUAAGGGAAGUCACCAAGAUGACAAGAAGAAGAAAGAUGAAGCCGUGGAAAAUAAAAGAAUACCAAUAGUACAUACCUCCAUCGAUGAUAUUAAAAGAUUUUCCUAUGUCAAGGGGAAAAUGAAAUUGAUCUACGUCAGAUCUUUCUACGAUAAUGAUGGUGAUAAUGACAACAAUCUCAAAGAGUUAUAUGAGGCAAAGUUCCAAUUUUACAAAGACAGAGUAGUCUAUGUUACGACCUUUGCUUUGGUAAAAAAUUCCCUAAGCCACGAUAUUAACCAAACAGAAAAAUGGUUCAAUACCUCCAUGAAGCUUUUACAAAAAAAUUAUUAUAAUAUAACCCUAAGGUGUAAUCCCAUAAUGGAAACAUCCUAUGGAAGCAUUUCAUUUAGCUCAGAGGAACUGGAGCGGUUUGAAGCAUUAAGAAAGGCACUGAAAAAAAGGGUUAACAUAACACAUGACAAUCUUUAUUACAACUUGGAUAUAUUUAAGAGUGCCAAGAGGAAAUACCUCCAGCACAUGAAUUACAGUUUUGUGGAUCCCAAUUUUAUGAGCACCGUAGAUGCAAAGGACGACCAUUCAGAUGUUACGGAUGCUUUCAAUCUAGACGAGGAUCUUCUGAACAGUUUAAGUCCCUUCGAUAAAAUGAAAUAUGUGUCCCACAGGAGAAUCAAAAAUAGUCAUAAGAUAGUGUGCAGCCUUGAGAAAGACCUUAAGAAGGUGGAAGACCGAUUCAUCGUGUACAAUUUGAUACGAGACAACAUAAUCGAAUCGGAAGAAACUACCGAAGUCAUCAUUUUUGAGACGAGCAACAAUGGAAUAUUCACCUACGAUGCUAAAUACUCCAAAGAGAUUAACCUGUUAAGUAACAACUUUGAGAUAGAAAUAAUGAUGGACAGUAACUCAUUCGUAAACGAACAUGAUAAGUACUUCUACUUAAAUAAGUAUCAUUCUGUGCACUUAGAGCUCCAAAAUAAGGGCAUAAUAAAAUAUGAUUUUAUUUACACCUGGUUAUCUACCUAUUUCAUCGAUAGUCAUAAGCAUAGAUUCUUUUAUCCCUCUCUUUAUCUGUCCAAACAGCAUGGCAAUUUCGAUAAUGGGUUAUAUGGGAUCAAUUUUUACAACCCUCAAUAUUAUAGUUUCUUCGAGAGGGUACAAAGUAGUUAUGCCCACUUGGACCGUGGGAAGAGAAAGGCGGAUAGUGACGUGUCAUAUGAGGAAGUAAGCCAGGGGGACCCCACAAAGAGCAUUCGUAACGAUAACAAUUUAUCCUUUUUUGAGCUAAACACAACUCUACAUAAUGAGAACGUUGGAAGGGGGAGUUAUGGAAAAAUGCCAGGAUCUGAUAGCAACAACGUGAUGGAAGGCGGAAAUAACCAAGGCAAUUCCUCAUACGGUGCUGACAAGAAUCGGAACCAUAUGGAAAGUAAAGGUCCUGAAAAUGAAGGGGGGGAGGAGAAAAGUGCUUAUGAUCCUUCACAUGCCCCUUCUUCCACUCCUGGUAAUAGACAAGGUGCUAACGAUAUGGACUCUAAGAUGAAUGCCAAGACAGAAAAAAGAGGAAAUCACGUGCCACAUAAAAAUGUUAACGUAAAAAGUGCAAAGGCAAGAAAAGGGGCUAAGAAUGAGGCAAGCAUAAGUGACACCGGUAACUCCUAUCUUGACAGUGUCUUUGGAUACAUGAAAAAAGUAAAAGAUAUCAUUUACGGGGAUGAGGAUAAUGAGUCUUCCAGCGAUAGUUCUUAUAAAACUUCUGAUAAGCGCCAGAAAUCAAAGAUUUCGAAACAAGGUAAGCAGACGAAUAGGAAUUCCAUAUUUGAUUUCUUCACAUCGGAUGACCCGAAGGUAUCCGGGAAAAAAAAGUCCAACGAGGACAUUCAGAAAAUGAAGGACAAGCAUAUAUCGAAGGAAAAACUCCCGCCAGUGGAAGACCAAGGCAGAAAAGCAGUUCCAUCAAUGGAGGAAUCGAAUAAAUACUCUAAAAAGCCAGCCAUCGAUCAGCCAAUACCCCCCGUUCCAACGAUGUACCACGAAAAUGUUCAUCCAAAGCCCACGGACACGUCUACCUUUGAAAGAAAAUAUGGCGAAGACUCUGAGGACUACUCCGAAAGAAAGUCGAAUGAAUAUGUGGACCAAAACACGGAAGAAUCAAAUGAAAAAAAGUACGACAAAAAUGGGGAGGAGGACUAUUCUGGAAAAAAACCGGAAGAGAAUUUUGAAAAGAAGGCAGAAAAAUUCUUUGAAAAAAAAAUGGAGACUCAAGUGGAGGAAAAGGUACCCCACCAAUUUUCUGAGGACCCUUCUGACAAAAAAACGGAAGAUAAGAGUAAACUAUAUGAAGAUCACAAAUACGAUUCGUUAAUCCCAUUUCUGGAUAAAAUAUUUCAUGAUAAGACACUCCUAUCGAAUGAGUUUCUCAACAGUGACCAUUACGACAGGGACGAUUCUGAUCAAUCCUCCUUGGAGGGAAACUCAAGUGACCAGUCUAAUGAAGAUUCUUCUCGUUCACACGAUCGAUUUCAUUCCUUACCGGAAGGCACCAAAACGUUGGCAGGCAAUUCCUACGUAUAUUCCACCGACACUGAUAGGAUACAUGUAGGAGAAAACGUCGAUGAAAAUUUAAAAGACAAGCUUUCUGAACAGCAUGAAGAUUUUCCAAGGUAUGGAGACAUACUAAAAAGAUACCCAAGUAGAAAAAUUGUGGGAGUGAUUCAAGAGGAGGCACAAAAUAUGUUCAUUCUGGACUGGCUAUAUGGGGAUAACAUUCUAUGCGUGCUUAGAUCCGCACUAUACAAAGAGUUAUAUUACAAUAUGGUACGGGAAGAUUACUUCAAAGUUUUGAAUAAGUUUAAAUUUGCAAGUGAUAAGGAAUUUGCCAUUCUGUCUAGUGAUACAAAGGGGGUAACCAUGAGUGCGGAUUUUUAUCCUCAUUUUUCGGCCAUAAAAUUCUUUUUUAAUGACAAAACUAGUGACAACUUUGAGAAUGAACUUCAGUCGUAUCUUUUGAUCAUCCACUAUUUGCUAAAUUCGUACAGUAGUCCUUGCAAGGAUUACAAAAAUAUUAAAUAUUUUUACAGCGCAGAUACGUUCAGUGUGAGUCACUUAAACUUUCUGAGUGACAAACUACUAGCGCUGCUCUCCGAAUGCGCGUUAGAAACUAUGAAUUGGGAUAUCCCCACAGGGAUCAUAAGAAAAAAUGAAAAUGACAUAAAUAGGACCAUUUUCAGUAGAGCCUUAAAAGAUGUGAGCAGAAGUGUACAUCACUAUGCGUUCAAAUAUAGAAUGAUAAGCGGAAAGGAUGCAGUUCAAUUUGCCAUGAGUAAUUAUACCAUGGUGGAAGACGAUUACAACGUUAAAUAUGAUUUUUUCCUUAACAUAACCUCUAGAGUGUUCUAUUUGCACGCUGUAGGUUUGAUCCAUGGGAACAUCAAGGCAGAUAACUUUUUGAUUCAGGAGAACGGACAGGAUGAUAAGCAUUUAAAGGUCCUUCUAAGGACAUUUAACGACACUGUGGAAGAGGGUGCUUAUGGAAAUUUCAAAGGAAGCGCAAUUUACGCAGCUCCGGAAAAAUUAGAAUCCUACUUCAAUACCAUCACGUAUAAUUUAAAAAGUGAUGCUUUUUCCCUGGGAUUGAGUUUAGCUACUAUAUUUACAAAAGAAAAAUUUAUCUUGCAAAAGGUCGAAAGGAAGUUACGCUAUCCCGUGGAUAAAUACAUCCUCAGUCUCAUUAAAAGAAACCCCAUGGUGUUGCUAUGGCUCAAAUCGAUUAAUCCAUUUUUACGCAAACGACUAAGUAUAUUUAAAUUUAGAUCCUACUUGAAACUUAGCGUGCAAGAACUAGAGAGAAGACUGUCCGAAAAAAGUGUCUACAAAUGGUUUGACGACAAAUUCCAAUUUAUUAAUUACGAGGAGGAAGACAAAUUGCAUAUUCUUUUUAAAAAAGCGGAAGGGAGAAAUGUAUCCGAAUUGAGCAACAACUCAUCCAAAAUGAAAACGGAAGAACAGCACAACGGUUUGGACUCCUGUUUUUUUGGUUACACUCAUUCAUCGAGCACAGAAAAGGCAGGCGACACGCACUCGCCAAAGGACUCCUACUCCUUUGAUAUGUUCAAGGAGGAACCUUCAUCUAGUGACGAGAAGGAGAGUAUUUCUUUUUAUCAAUUUCCGAUGGGGGUAAAGCGUAGAAGGGGGUCUACACGUGGGAGAAAACAUGGUGAUGGUAGAAGCGGUGGUAGCAGUGACGGUAGCAGAGAUGGUAGCAGUGACGGUAGCAGAGAUGAUAGCAGUGACGGUAGCAGUGACAGUAGCCGUGAUGGUAGAACCGUCCAAAGGAGGAAAUUCUACUUUUCAAGGAUUUCCAAGCACAACUUUGGGGGACGUUCCAGCAGAAGGAAUAAGAAGUUCCGGAAAGGGAAAAAAAGUGAUAAGGAAAAUAUUCACAAAAUGCCAUUCGGUAGAAAUUUCGAACACAAAGUGAAUUACUCCUCUCUAGAUGCACACAUUAGGAAGAAUUAUAUUAACGCAUGUUACUAUGUUAAAAAUAGAGUUGUGGGGACUGCCAUGAAGACGCUGUCUAUUGAACAUGAGGCUUAUAGGGCGGACCUAUUUGACAUGUACCUACUUAACAAGGCGAAAUUAACCUAUUUGGUAGACAAAGACGAUAAUGUGAAGAAUUUAAUGUCCAUUUUACAAGGUUUUUCCAGUCCAGACUGUAGAGUAAUAUUGAACGAUAGAAUAUAUGGAAAAUGGUACAGCGUUCGAAAGAUGGUUCUUCUAAAAGCUUUGCUUUUUUAUGGAUACUUUAGCCUCCACGAGAGAUUAUCAUACGAAUUUAAACUAUACGAAUUGCAGAAUUUCCCACUCAGCGAAGAUAAUAAUGAUACUUUUGAAACAGUUGUGGAGAGAUGCAUGGAAAGGGAACACUUUAGUGAAUUCAGUAACUUACUCUUGGCUCAGUACAUCUAUGAUAAUUACCACGAGGGAAAUCAAUACACGAGCAUAUUCAUAAAUUUCUACGCCGUAAACAAAACUGUGUACGAUAUAGACACCAACAAGGUAACUAAUCUGAUGAGACGGUACAUAAAACAAAGCCUUAGCAACAUUGACUUCAAAACUGCGGACAAUUUUUUACUCUAUAUGAAGAGAAAACAACUGUACCGGGAUGUGGAUGGGAUCGAAUUGGCCCCACUAAAAAUGGACAAGUCAAAUUAUCCCGACCUCCACGGACAGAAAGUCCCUCUCAUAAAUUCCUUCGUCCUAAAAAUAGACAAAUUUGUAAUCAAAGAUAUGAACAUAAAUUUGGCCGUUCUUCUAAAUAACACCUUUUGGGGGAUGAAAAAUAAGUGUAAAUGCGUCAACUAUACUCAUCUCCAUGUUAGAAGGGGAAGAAGCGAUUUACCACAUGGACAUGUAAGUGGAAACCAGAUGAUAGAUCUGCACAAACCUCUGGGUACUGUGCUGAGGGAAAUUAUUCCAAACUAUUUCGACAUGAACAGCCACCCAAAUGAUCUGCUCUCCUGGAGCACAUUCAAACCGAGCAAGAUCCACCUAGAUAUUGUCCUUCGAAAUAGUUUACAUUUAAUAGACAGGAGUACACUAAUAGCUUGCUCCAAAAGGCUAAGUAAAGUGGCACCUGUGUACUCCCCUAAGAUUACAAGUUCUCACAAAAGGGAAAUGAUGAAAAUUAAAGUGGGACUGGGGUCAUCAAAAUAUUUUUACUUAUCUUUUAAUAUAUCUGUGCUUAGAUCAAAGGAAAUAACCUUGAAGAAUGUAAUUUAUUUUAUAUACAGAAAUUAUAAGUCGAAGCUUGACAGAAAUGUCACGUAUAGCAAUGUAGGAGGAAAGAAAAGACGAAAGAAGUUCAACUGCCUAGCGAUGAGUGAAAAGAACACCUUUUUCUACAAUAACGUCACGGGGAAUCUGAUCAAAGAAACUUCCCUCAAUAGAGUCAUCUCCGCUUUGUACAAUGUUGAUCUGAUGGAGCCCUCUUACGUUAUUAAGGCCGCCCUCAAUUACUACAACAAUAGAGGAAAAAAUUCCGUCUUGUUAAGGCUCGUAACUGUUUGUAAUUACGUUCGUGAGAGGAGGAAGGGGAGUAAUGCGAGGGAAUCGGAGUUCGUUUUGGAACCGUCGGCUGGAGUGUAUUCGGAUGAGUCAGGGCAAACUAGCAACGGAGAACAAGUAAAAGUGGAACGGACAGACGCGGAAAGGACAGAGGAGAAAAGCAGAGUCGCCGAAAGCAAAUACGUAGAGAGCGCAGACGAGAAACGAACAGAAGCGGAACGAAUAGAUGAGGAACAAGCACACGAUGAAGCUACAGGUCUUGAAGAGGAAACCGAUGAACCCACAGAUGUGGAUCCCGAAAACAGUGAACCCACAACUAAUGAACGCCCACAAGACGAAAUUACAUUUGUUGAACCGCUACGUGAUGAAAUUACAAAUAGCGACGUGCCAACUGAGGAAACUCCAAAUCCGCAACCCCCGAAUAAGGAACACACAAAAGAUGAACCCACACAUGAUAAACAGACAAAUCUUGUGCUCUCUCAAAACGAGUCGUCCUUUCUGCAAAGGAAAAAAAAUGUGAUAAAGGCAAUCAAUAAGGAUGGUGCCUAUCACUACGGAACCGUGGAGUGCCUGCACUUCUUACAUAAAAAGGUCAUCAAUUUUUUCCAUGACAGUAACAUGACAAAUGCGUUCGAUCAGAUAGCCAUUCCCUCGGAGUACACAUAUAUAAAUAAAAAGAAGAAAUUGAGAAAUGGAAGAUUCCAGUAUAGUACAAAAACGAUAAAUUUUAACAUCAUUUCCAAUGUGAUGAAUUUGCAACGAUAUGAAAAGGAAAUGUACACCUUGGUCGAUUUUAUGAAUUUAAUUAUACAAUGGUUGGUGGAGCAAAGACCGUUCCAUAUUAAAAACAAGUGCAACUUUUUAUCUUGUUGUAGCCACAGCUUACAAUUCGGGAUGGUCUUAAGCAUAACCACAGAAAGGGGAGUCAGACAUGUUCUAUACAAAAAUGAUCAAGGUCUGAUGAAAUUUCUCUUUUAUAAUAUAUUGAAAGAUCACCAGUCAAGGCGGCACGCCUCCGACCUUAUAGCAUCCGCAAUUAAGUUAUACAAUUUGAAGGUGACCUUUUUUUUAAGGGAUGAAAUUGGAGUUAUAUUUCCAGACCUCCAAAGUUUGGUGAACCCUCCGGAAAAGAUCGAGUCCCUCCCCCCGUUCACGGACUGCUUAAAACAGCUAAAGGGGAAAAAUGUGACCCUGUAUGGCGACGAGGCAAGCCAAGGAAUUUACGUCUCCUUCAUAGUAAAAUUUGUAAAUAAAAACAUUAUGUACAGAAUAUCGAAGGAUACGUUUAACAAAAUAAUAUACUACUUUAAUGACGAUGAAGUGAGCAAGAAUAAGGGGCGGAAUUUAAACAACCAUGUUUUGUCAUCUGUCCCCGAAAUUGAGGACAAGUUUCGGCAUGUGUUUUUAAGCGAGCUAAGCUACUAUGUCAACAUCUCCACUGAGUUAAAGAAAAGGAACAAAUCAUUUCCGGUUACCAUGAAUCCAAAAUUUUACGAAAUAUUAAGUCAGAAAUGUAACCUGCAUGAACGGAACUGCUCCUACGCUGUUGAGGAAAUGAUUAGCAACGUCAAUGGAACGUUUAGAGAACCCGUUUUUGUUGUUAAAAAUGUAAUCACGCUCAUUGGCAGAAAAAUACGAUGCGCAGAUGAGGGUGCAUUUGUGCUCCAACGGACCCAUGUGAUGAACUUUUUCCUGAGAAGAAGAAUCCGUGCUGUUUUAAGCAGAAUAAAGAACACCAUAGUUAGUUAG